ACCGCACGAGAGAGAGAGCGGGACAGGCAAAAGUCUACUAGCGGACACCUCCAAAGUUCCAACUGUCCCAACACUGGGACAUUCCUUUACACGGGUCGCCCUCUGAAUAAAACCCAGCAUGCCUGGUAAUGUUUGUCAAAGGGUGGUAAUAAUGAAUGUAAUACGGCUGUGAUAAGGUAUGACGCUCUACAUUUACGUUAGUGUGGGCUACACAUGUCAUUUGAACUUCAGCACAGCUCUCGGCAGUGUUCUGUGUGGAUAGAAAUGUGAUUUGCUUAGUGGGAUUGCCCUUCGAGUUUGCUCCACCCAAAGAGGAUAUGGACUGUUGGAGCAGGGACUAGGUUAUGUUGCCAAAAAAAAAAGAGCCGUUAGCUGAAGUUGCUGAACUAUUGGAAAGCCAUGCUGAGAAGUUCGGGGGUAAAGUCCUAUUUGAGUUUUAAUCACAUGGCAUUAUAAGAAUGCUUCAAAGAUGGCGGUAGCUACAGUAAUUUCGGGGAACCGAGUAGAAAAAAGUGGAUUUUUGGAGGUUUUAGUGAGGGACCGAUGGCACAAUGUUCUGGCCAACUUGAACGAAGAAGCUCUAACGUUGAGUUGCGAGGACCUGGGAGAGAAUGUGACCCUAAACGGCAUCACCAAUGGAUCUUACGGGUGCAACGCAACUCACCCGGAUCACACAAACAGUCCGAAAACUGCGGUGAGGACAGCUUUCACGGAUUUACAGGAGCAAGUCCCAGAAGCGAUCGCAAACAGAAAAAGAUGUGUGAAAGUAACAAAGCAAGAGGUAGGAGGACUCGGCAUCAGCAUAAAGGGAGGAAAAGAGAAUAAAAUGCCGAUACUUAUUAGUAAGAUCUUCAAAGGUCUGGCUGCGGAUCAAACCCAAGCCUUGUAUGUCGGUGACGCGAUUCUGUCGGUGAACGGUGUGAACCUGCGGGACGCUACGCAUGACGAGGCGGUGCAGGGGCUCAAACGAGCCGGGAGAGAGGUGACGCUAGAAGUGAAGUACAUGAGAGAAGCCAGCCCCUAUGUGAAGAAGGGUUCUCCUGUGUCAGAGAUAGGCUGGGAGACGCCCCCACCUGAGUCCCCGAGGCUGGGUAGCCCCCACCGUGACGUCCCCGUCACCCCCACCAUGUCCCUACAGGGGGACAGGAGGUACAUCCCCUUAAAGAUGUGUUACGUCACCAGGAGCAUGACUUCUCCAGACCCUGGAAACAGGUCUGGGGGAGAGCUUGGGUCUCUUUCCAGGAACCAGCCAGCCAGCCAAGCCAGCCAGCCAGCCAGCCAGCCAGCCAAGCCAGCCAGCCAGCCAGCCAGCCAGCCAGCCAGCCAGCCUGUUUCUCCUCAAUCAAGUCUCAGGCAGUUGGAGCUGCACUCUCCGGACGCCAAGCACACGGUGGUGUUACGGUGUAGAGACGCAGCCUCGGCCCAGGCCUGGUUCGAGGUCAUGCAGUCGGCGACCUCUGACCUCAUCAACAAGGUCAUCACAGAGGUCAAAGAGCACACGGGAAGAACAGGAAUCGCAGGGAGCAGAGAGAUCAGACACCUGGGCUGGCUGGCUGAGAAGACAGAGAAUGAGAAGCAGCAGUGGAAGCCAGUGCUGGUGAUGGUGACAGAGAAAGACCUGCUCCUCUAUCACAGCCUUCCACGCAUGAAGACUUCCUGGCACAGCCCUGCACACACAUACCCACUGUUAGCUACACGGCUGGUGCACUCUGGUCCCGACCGAGGCUCUCCCCAGCCGGGCGUGGAGCUGUCCUUCGCCACACGUACGGGAACCAGGCUGGGCAUCGAGGCCCACCUGUUCAGAGCUGAGACCUGUCAGGACCUUUCACUGUGGACCAGGCACAUCGUUACGGGCUGUCACUCCUCUGCCCAGAUGAUCAAGGAAGUCACUACCAGCUGUGUGUACAAGGGCCAGGAGUGCAGGCUGGUGAUCCACUACGAGCAGGGCUUCUCUGUCCUGGCUGAGCAGAAGGGGGAGGACCAGGUGGACCAGGGGAACCAGAACCAAGCCAAACCUCUCCUCUGCUACCCCUUCGAACGCCUCAAGAUGUCCUCCGACGACGGGGUCAGGAUGCUCUUCCUGGAUUUCAGUGGAAAAGAGGGUGAAAUUCUGGACCUCCACUCGUGCCCAAAGCCUAUCGUCUUCAUCCUCCACUCAUUCCUCUCUGCAAAGAUCGCCAGACUCGGCCUGGUAGCAUAAAGGUUCUGUUUACCACCAACGGACCACAAGGACUGAACAGUUCCAGACUUCUAGAGUGGAGUGUCCCGGAGUUCCACAGUGGAGUGUACAGAACAGAGGAGGACAUGGCUGAUAACUGAACUACGAGAACAAGGACUGUGAUGUGCAGUGAACUAGACACAGGAUCUACCCUGAUUCAAAGUCCACACAAACAGCUCAAAAUGAAUGGAUCAUGUUUAAAAAAAAACUGGAAUGAGUUGUUUUGUGUAUUUAUAGAAACACAUGCAUUACCGAUGACAUCAUAGCGAGAGAUCAGUUACAACAGAAGAAAUUGUUUUGUUCAAAUCGUCGUUAAGCUGUACAAGAACAAUAAUCUAUUGUUUUGGUACUAAAAAACAUACUGGAAGUAUGAUCUAUCUAGCAUCCAUCCAUCCUACGCUAAUUGUUUAUUCGGCAAUCUCUGUCUGCAAAUUAUUCAGCGAUUACUGUUAACUUAAAUGAAAAAGUUACGGUGAAAAAGAUUGUGAAGGCUGCUUGAAAAUUUGAAUUGUCCUACGCCUUUGGCAGCUAUUAUAAUUCAAGGCUUAGUUUUAUUUUAACUCUGUUAAUGAUGCACAUAAAUGACAUAUUUCUGGAUUGUCUUUCAGGUUGUUCUUGUGGUCUAACUGGUGUUCACUGUAUUUCCUCAACAAGAACCAAUCAAACCAACGUCCCACAAAACACGCACUCUGAAAUGUGUUCAAGUCUCUGUACCAAACAAUGUCUUCGCUUGUGGAGGAAUGGGGUGCAUCGAAUGAAUGCAAUAUGACAAUUAAAAUGUCAAAGGAC